AAAAAAGAUUAAAGUUUUAUACAAUUAAUUUAUACGAUAACGAUAGACCACGAUAAUAUAUUAUACAAAGUUUAAAAAAUUGUCGAUGAGGCAAAAUGCGAAAUUGCCUGACGUCAUUACGACUCAUUUGUGACGUCACAAGACCACCAUCUUUGUUCAUGUAUCGAGUGAGGAAAGAAACAGAACGAUCGCAUUUUCACGUCUACGUUAACGUUUAGUUGGGCCAGUCGACAGUAAAACUUUAAAAAACUAUCGACAUUGUUAAACGACCGAUUCUGUUUACAUUUACUGUUUUAGAAUUAAAAAAGCAAGGAGAAAAAAAUCAUUUCUAGUGGGUUUCGAUUAUGGCAACACAACCCACAAGCAGUGCAUUGAGAGCUUUAGGUUUGGAAUUCAAAAGUUUACAAGACGAACCAGUGGAAGGUUUUCGUGUUAAAUUAAUUAACGAAGAUGUUUUAUUCGAAUGGGAAGUAGCCAUUUUCGGACCACCUGACACGCUGUACGAAGGAGGAUAUUUUAAGGCUCACAUGAGGUUUCCUCCAGAUUAUCCUUAUUCUCCACCUACCAUUCGGUUUUUGACUAAAGUAUGGCACCCUAAUGUUUAUGAGAAUGGAGACUUGUGUAUUUCAAUCUUGCAUCCUCCCGUAGACGAUCCUCAGAGUGGAGAAUUACCUUGUGAGCGUUGGAAUCCUACACAGAAUGUAAGAACAAUUCUGUUGAGCGUAAUAUCACUACUGAACGAACCAAACACAUUUUCGCCUGCCAACGUCGACGCAUCCGUAAUGUAUCGUCGAUGGAAAGAAUCCAGAGGAAAAGAUAAGGAAUAUGAAAAUAUCAUUAGGAAGCAAGUACUGGCUAGCCGAAUGGAAGCGGAAAAAGACAACGUGGUGGUACCCACGACCAUCGAAGAGUACUGCAUCAAACACAGCGCCAAGCCUUCCGAAACCGAGACUGACAUGACGGACUUCUAUGACGACGACUACGGUGAUGACAUGGACGAUAACGACGAAGAGGAAGAGGAGGAGUAUAAUGACGACAAUGAAGAUUCGGGAAACGGUGAAUCAUGAUGAAUUAGUGAUAUACAAUAGCUAUAUUUUGCCGAACAGUCAAAGAUAAAAAGACAAAAAAAAUUUAAAAAAUAAAAAAAACUUCAAUGACAAUGAGAACUGACCCAGCCAAAACUUUUUUUUCUUAGCUGGGUACUUAGAGGUGUAUGGGAAGAUACAGGUGACAUUUAAAAACAAAAAAAAUAACAAAAAAAUAACAUAUAUAUGGAAAUGAUUUCUGCUGGAUUCUGUAUACUUCACGCUAUAUUACUGAAGUUUGGAAGGUAUGCUUACGUAAGUGAUUUUUUGAAUGGUGAAUUAAUUUUGUAAAUUAUUUUUGAUUUAAUUUUUUUUUUCCCCUGGUGCAAAAGUGAGAUUUUACUUACAGCAUAGCUUCCUUUAUUUUUGUUUUUUCUCCCUCACCCCUUCCUCUUCCUUUUGGAAGGUCUUAUUCUUCUAGUUUCAUCAUUUUUUUUUUAUUACUCUCCACAUCAUUUUUUUUUUUUUGAUUGUAGGAAAAUGUUUGUCUGAUAGAUUUCUUUUCAAUAUUGAUCAGUUUGUCCGAGUCUAGUUAUUGUAUUACAUCCCCAAAAGUCCAUUUCUUGUAUUUUAUUCCCUUUUUUCUUCUCCUUUUGUGUGCCGAAACAAAUUAUGUAAUGCAGAAUAUGAAAUAAACUUAUGUAUAGUAUUAUUCCUAGUUAAUUAUAUCAGGAAGUAAAUAGUAAAUCAGUUCCUCUCAAAUUUUUAAUUAUUAUUUCACUGAAAUGUGUUGUUGCCGGCUUUAAUAAGCUACAAUUGAGUUUACUUCUCACAUUUUUCAAAAUAUUUAUGCCUCAUGCUGAAUUUAAUUGUCUGAUUUGUUAGGCCAUAACUUGACAAAGUAUAUAGAUGUAGAGGAAUUUGGACUAAAGAUAGAUAAUUAAGUCACCAUCUUAAUACAAUAUUCUGAAAAAAAAAAUUGAUCUGGAGUGGACUCUAACCCACAAUUCUCACUUGCCAUGAAGGUGCAUUGCUAAUUAUGUUAGCUGGAUCUCCGUUCAAUCUUUGCUUCCACACAAAUUAAUUUGGAAGAUGACCAUACUACACGUGCAUCCAACUUAUGGCCCAACAAAUCAGGCAUUAUUGUUUAGUUUAGAAUUCUGGCUUGGUUUACUGUGUAAUUAAUUUUUAUUUGAAACGUUUUAGUUUAAUUUUAUAUGUUAUCAGGCCUCGGAAUGGAUCACUACUCUCAAUAAUUUCAACCCGGCAUUUAUUAGGCUAUGGUUAUGUUCUACAAAAAAUAAAGAAACUGAGUAAUGAAUAGAUCAAAAUAUACAGAUGUAGCAAAGGAUAAUUAACAACCCCUUUUAUUAAUUUUAGUUAACUGACUCGGAUUCGACACACUCAAACGAAACUGGAACUCAGAGAUUCUUUAGUUCUGGUUUUACCAGAGACUGUAGUCUAUUCAAGUCUUUACCGUAAGGCUGCAUUUAUGCAAAAACAAACUUUUCAGACUAGAAUUUGCAAUCACGACACUAUUUAUGCAGAAGUGAGAAAUGAAUUUCUUGCACAAACAUGCGAGAAAAGGACACAAAUGUCUAGACCCUAUAUGAGCAUUGGUUCUAAAUUCUGCUGCUGUGGCAAACAGCAGUAUUUUCUGGUCAUAAUUAAUUACAAAUUAUGGUUGCUUUAUUUAUCAUAUUAACAUAAUUAACUUAUAGUAUUGUCCUUUAAACAAAAGAAAACAUUCUCGAAAUAAAUUAUGUCAAAUGAAACAAAACCCAUGAAUGUAAAAUAACAUUUGAACCUUACAAAUAACGUAUAUCAUUGUGGCCAACUAAUUUUGUUUCAGUCACUGUUUCCUUGCCAGGAUUUAUUAUUCUGACUAAUUUUGAAGUCAUUUUCUGUUUCGAGGCCUGUAUUACAAUUGCAAGUGCGGGAGAUAAUUCAACUAGCUGUGUAAAUUAUGUAAUUUUGAGGUGUUUGUCUUUUUAAUUUUAAGUUCCUGUUAAGUUUCUCAGCCAAGAGAGUGACUUUUUUUUUGUUAUGAUAUCAAUAUGUAGAUAAUUAAGACAUUGCUUACUGAUGUUUCCUUGACAUUGCAAUGAUUAGCAAAAAUUUUAAAUAUUACAUUUACUGUUCUAAGCAGGGAAUAAAUGUAAAAAAAAAAAAAACACUUUUCCAUUUCACGUUUGAACUAGCUGUUACAGUAUUUUCAAUAGAGGAAAUUGAUCUUGUCACUUCUUCCCACUUGACUGUGUUCUUGUCAUCAAGCUAAACUAUUUUUGAGAUUUUUGGUCGCGUUGAGAAAAUGUAAUUCUGAUGACAAACGCAUUAGAAUUGCUUUGUGUUGUGUCAA